UACGUAACCCGCAUAUUAUACACAUUCAAUAAUUCAGCAGAGUUACUUCGGUGUACAAAAUUACGUUAAAAAUUAAAGAAUCUAACCGACAUCUUACUUGUAAUGUGUUCUAUGGAUUGCUAAACUGCGAAAAGAUAGAGAAAACAGAAAAUGGCUUCUGGGGGAGGUCUCGUGGUAGCAGGAGUACAGAUACAUGGCGGAGGACCUGUUGGGAUAGCGCCUGUCGGAGCCCCGGCUGGAGUGCCUGUUGACCUCGAAAAGAAAGAGGCAUAUUACUUACGUAUGCAUUUGCUGAUUAUGAAAGAGGUAACCGCCUUGUUAAGGGCACGGUUUGACCAGGCUGUACCACCACAGCAACUUCAUCCGACGUUACAAAAUUUUAUGCCCACCUUUAAUCAUGCAAAGAAAAAUAAUUAUCUGAAUAAAACGCAGUGGGGUCUUUUGUUUCCGCCACACAAACCACCGUCUUCACACACUUUCUGACGUUACUCUUCUAGCGUAUCUUCUUAGACACAUCUGUGGACUUAAGUCAAAUUCGAAAUGGUGGGGUGUUAAUGACAACAGCAAGAUACCUGGCAAUAUAGUAACUGAGGAAGCUGACAUUGCUCGAUUGAGGAACAUAAGGAAUGAUAUGCUGCACAGACAAGUUGCUUCAUUAGAGCAAACAGAAUUUGAAGACAUGUGGGGCUUAGCAGAAACGGUCAUGCUCCGUCUAGCUGCAAAAUGUAACAUACAAGAUCAAAAGCAGAAAAUUGAUGAUUUGAUGAAUAGCCAUCUUGAUUUAGUUACAGAAGAAAUGAGAAGUAUAAGAGCAAAUACAGAAUAUUUUCUACAAGACUAUCAAGACGAACGUCAAUUUGUUGAAACUGCUGCCUUCCAGAAAGCAAAGUCAAUUUUAAACGAUAAACACAUGGUAAUACUAACUGGUCAUCCAGGUGAAGGUAAAACUACAAUGGCUGCAAGACUUGCCUUACAUGUAAGUCAAUCCCCACGUAACUGCCUUAAACUUGUAGCGCCAUCUGAUUGGAGAAUAAUUGAUUUGUCAUUAAAAAUAUUUGAUACAAUCAUCAUUGAUGACAUAUUUGGUGCUGGUGCUUUGGAUCAGAAGUUGGUCGGUGACUGGCGAAAUCAUCUGAGUGAAAUAGAGGGAGCAGCAAGGAAAAAUGUUGUUCGAGUGAUAAUAACAUCCAGACAUUAUAUAUUUGAGGAAUCUAAAGAGGAGAUUGGUUCUCUGCCAAUGAUCACGGACAAUAAUGAAACUCUUCUACUGCUUACAUCUUCUGACCUUACACCCGAUGAGAAAACUAAAAUUCUAAAAAUGCAAGCGGCGAAGAAUGACAAACAUCUGGAAGACCAAACAAUACAUGAAUGUGUUGAAGCUUCCAAAGGGCCGACAGAAGAAGUAAAAGAUUUUCUGUUUGGUUUCCCAGAAUGUGCAUCUAUGUUUGUCAGAAACGAAACUAUGCGUAGAAAAGGUGCCGCGUUUUUUAAGAAACCGGCUCAAUUCUUUAAAAAAUAUCUAGAAAAUUUGUAUAGAGGCAAAGAACAAGAAAAGUUUUUAGCACUUGUAGCUGUAUGGGCAAGUGAUAACAAAAAGAUAUCUCGAGAAGAACUGAGGAAUAGGAAAAGUGCUUCUGACCAUGUGAAGAAGAUAGCAGAAAUAUUCGACCAUGAUUUUAACAGAGCCUUUCUUGACACAAUGCGAACGUCAUUAGAUUCUCAUGUGGGAGGAUAUCUUGUUUUCAUAGAGGCUACUGGAGAAUAUACUUUCAGUCAUAAUGUCAUUGCAGAUAUGGUUGGUUUGGUUAUUGGUAAAAAGAGACCAGAAGAAGCUGUAGAAAUUUGUCCACGAGACUUUUUAAUGGAGUUUGUUUCGAUUGGGGACAUACAAGAUGAUUUUAAAGUAGUUUUACUGGAGAGACAAACAGAUUGUCUAGUAGUUAAAUGUGUUAAAAUGCUUUUGCGAGAAAACUGUAACCAAGUUGCUGAAGAAAACAAAAUGGAUGAGUUUCAAACACUUUCCAGGACCGGACAGAGAAAUAAUGACAUCAACAUUAUCAACACAAUUGAUUUUGGUAUCAUAAAACACAAGGCUUUUAGCUCUGAAAGGUUUGUCAAAAAGUUCAUCGAUUAUGUCAUUGAAGAAAAUCUCAUACAAAAAGUUUUCUCUGUACCAGUUAUGACAAUGAAGGGAUAUUUCCUUGACUAUGGAAUAUCUAUGAAGCAACUUGAUAUGUGUCUAAUGGGAUAUGCCUGGUACAGUGGGGCAACGGCAUUUGCAAAGGAAGUAAUAACAAGACAGGUACUCGGAGAGGAAAACAUCGAUUUAUCUGUACCACUAUUGUUAGCCGUACACUCAAAACAAAAGGAUUCAGUAGAAUUCCUUCUACGUAAUGGAGCAAAGGUAACCGGCGAUGCUAUAUAUAUCGCUUCUCACAAGAGCAUAGAGCUUCUGAAGAUAUUACUUCAAUAUCCAGGUACAAACGUAAAUGACAGAGGAAAUGCAAUCAAUGGUAAUUUUCCUUUAAUCAUAGCAGCGCGAAAGGGUCUAUUCGAAGCUGUGAAAUGUAUGCUAACCUCAGGUGCAGAUCCUGGAGUACAGAACACAGCUCAUAUGACGGCAUUACAUAAAGCAAUACUAUACAAACACGAAGAUGUGAUCAAGCUACUGAUAGAUGCCGGAGCACCACUUGAUAUAAAAGGGGGUAAAUUCAAAAGAACACCAUUGCAUUUAGCAGUUGAUUUGAAUGAGAUCAAACUUGUAGAACGUCUCCUAGAAAAACGUGCAUCAUUGAUGGUCAAAGACCAUAGAGGACACUUUCCAAUACACAUUGCUGCUAUACGAGGAAGUACUGAUAUUCUAAGAGCACUUUAUUUAGCUGACCGAAGCCAGGACAAACUACGAAUUUCCUCCUAUGGUACAAAGUCUGUCAUCAAAGGACUGUCAUUGUUUCAUAUUGCCGUUUGGAAAAAGAAUGAGGAGCUUUUAGAUGCUUUAAUACAAUUAAAUGCUGAUCCAAAUGUAAAAGAUUUCUAUGGCCAGACGCCCCUGUUUUUUGCUAUUAUGAGGAAACAUGAAAGCUUCAUUCGUAAAUUAAUAAACUUCGGGCGGACAGAUAAAAGAAAACCACAAAAGCAAGGUUUCACUCCUCUACAUGCUGCUAUUCACAAAGAUUUAGAUGACAUUGCGACUAUUUUGAUACAAGAUUCCGAUGUGAACGCAAAGGACAAAUACGGGAAAACGGCACUUCAUGUAGCAUGUGAAAAGGCAAAGAUUGGGUUAAUACAGAUGCUUCUGAACAAUGGUGCAGAUCCAAGAAUUAUCACGAAGCGAGGUGAUACCGUUUAUCAUAUCUUGAGAAGAAGUAAGAAAAAAUUGCCGGACAAUGACAUUAAUUCACAACGUGCUGAGCAGCUCAUGCGUGAAUUUGACCCGGAAUUCGCAGAAAGAUUGCCGACAUUGAGGAAUAAAGCCGGCAUAGUAAUCAGACCCCUAAAGAGAGUACAUCCUGCGAUCCAGUUACAAAAUCUUAUAGACAGAAUACAGCAUUUCCACGAUCCGAAUGAACAUGAAUAUGAUAACAGUUUAGAAGAUGAUGAUUACAUGCCAGAUAUGUAUGACUGUUAUGACGAUGAUGAUGAUGAUGACUAUGACUUUGAUUUCUGAUUAAAAUAAAGUACUGGUAUAUGAAAUUUGUUGAAAGGUUUGUAUUAUAAGUUAAACCAUUACAAGUGUUAAAUCAUUUGAAGAGAUGAAAAAUUAAAUGAAAAAUAGUGUAUCUGACAAUAAUUUGUUUCUUCAUACAUCACUUUUUAUUAAUGUUAUACUGCUUAAGCUUCUUCUUACACACUGUAUCUUAAAUAUUUAUAUUAGAAUUUAUGCAUGUUUAAGCUUGAUGUAUUCAUGUGCCAUAACAUUGAAAGAAUAUGACAUGUAUUCUAGAUACACAUAGACAAUGUUCUAAAUUCAUAUGGACAUGUGCAUGUCAAAAGUAACUGGAUUCUUGUGUAGGAUAUUUUAGACAAAAACUUUUAAAAUAUGCUUUCCUUACGUAUUUAUCAUGUAUAAUUUUGAUUGUGUUGUAUUGUUCAAAACGACAUUUGAAAUAAAUCAAAGGAACC